AUGGGCGGACGAAUUGAUUGCUACUUGGACAUUGUGUCUUUCUUCAGCUAUGUUGGCUAUGUAGAGUUGAGGUCCAACAUGGACAAACUGGCUGCUCAUGGAAUUGAAGUAAACUUUAUCCCCAUCUUCUUGGGCGCCAUCAUGAACUCAUCUGGAAACACACCUCCCUGGACUCUACCCGCCAAGGGCAAAUACCUCAACCAAGACUCACGUCGCUCUGCAGAGCGCCUGUCAGUUCCCUACCAAGGCUCACCCCCAAACCUCUUCGCCAUCGCAAAGACCGUCUCUCCGCUCCGCGCGCUUCACUUCAUAAAGGAAAACUACCCCGAGACGACUUUUCUAGCUGCAAUUAGGUUUUUGUUCCACAAGAUCUGGCUGCCUCCUCACGUCAACCUCGCCGAGGACGAGAACCUCAUCGCUGCGCUGAAGGAAGCGACUGAUGAGCUUGACGGGGGCAGUGGUAAGAAGCUGUUUUCCGAUGAGGAUGUGGAGAGAGUUAUGAACGGGCGGGAAAGUAUGAAAGAGAGGGUUAAGGUGACGACUGGUGAAGCCCUAAAACUGGGAGCAUUCGGCGCGCCUUGGCUUAUUGCGACUCGCGCGGAUGGCAAGUCUGAGGCUUUCUUUGGAAGCGACAGGUACCACCAUAUAUAUCGCUUUUUGGGUGUCCCAUUCAAGGACAUUGAGAUCCUGCCGCCAUCAUCUAAGCUGUAA